UUGCUCGGGUUUGUGGAGACAAUCACGCGUCCCAAAUGUGUACGAACCAAACCUAACUAUAACAACUCAGCUUGAUGAGGAAGCUUGAUUUGUUGCCUACUUUUAGUUUUACUGGGGACGAUAUAAGGGACAAUCACGUCCCCUAGCUUCCCCUAGCAUCCCAAAUCUGUACGAACCUCACAUAAGCUUGACGAGGAAGCUUGAAACAUUAGCCAACUUUCAGGGUUGCUGAGGUUUGUGGGCCGCUGAUCCUAACCCUUGCCCCGUAGCGUCCCCUGGAGUCCCCUAGCGUCCCAAAUCUGUACAAACGCAGGAAGCUUGACUUGUUAACAUUUUGCUGAGGUUUGUGGGGCCCUGUAGCGUCCCCUACACUAUAAAAACUAAUGGGUUAAAGUGACUCGCGGUUGCGGGUCAUUUGAAUGUCUCACCAAAUGACCCACACUACUCACGGGUUAUGUUUGCAAUGUAACCAAUGGGUUACCUUUUAAGUGGGUUAAAAGCACCAAGAACCGUGUAGUUAAAAUGACCCACGAGUUACCCCAUGCACAUGUGUUAUAAUCACCCAUUCGUGGGUUGUUUUCCCAUUACCAUGCAUGUGGUCCACACAGCAGUUAGUUCGCAUUUCGUAACAUAAACAGUAUAAUUAUACACGACAUAGCACAACAGAUAGAGAAUGUCAUGAACAAAAUUAAUAUAGUAAUAUUAUAAAGCAAUAAAUAAUUAUUGCGCACAAUAACAAUCAAUACUUACUACACUAUAAAUGUCAUUUCAAACUGAUGUGCGUUUUUUAUAUACAUGCUGUACCUAGUAGAUCCAUCGCUUUGAUCCAUGAGGAUGUCUUGAAGAAAAAAAACGUCGCUUUUAGAGAUUUCGGGUAAACAAUGUCGAAAACAUAAUAAGCCGCCAUCAAAGAUGUUAUUCCUCCAAUUAAAUCCAUGGAAGGCAAUUCCAUUAGCGCUGCUAUCAAAAACAUUUGAACAAUUUGGUCGUCUUCGUGGAAAACCAAGAGUUGAGGCUCGCAAAUUUCAGACUUGAAAAAGAUGUCAAUCUUGUCACAAGCCGAAAACGAAAACGAUUAUAAUUAGGACAGAAAUGUGUGGUUCAGUGAAGAACAUUACAAUAAUGAUGUGAAUAUUAUAAUUAUACAUUCAUGUUAUAGUUUACUCAGUAAAAAGUGCGGAGUGCGUGUAUGUAAGUGACUGUGUUCAAUCUAAGUAUAAUACCUCAACGAAAAUUACUGGAAGAUUGGGAGGCUUCCUGUGGUAGAUGUUUUUGUUAAUAACUUCCAGCAGCUGACGUUCAACACCAAAUGUCAUCUUUCCCGUUCCACCGAGAACUUUCUUGUUAACUGCCUGCCAAUUUGCUUCAAUGGUCUCCACAAUUGAAGUUUCUUUAAUGAUUUCCUUAAACUCGUAAAGAAGCUGGAAAUGACGAAACAAUGCAAGUGAGUGCAUGCGAGGGCAUACGAGUAUAUUAUUUUUACUAGGAUAACUAUGGAUGUGUAUACAUAUACGGCGUAUCGAUCAGUAUGUACAAUUACUGUAUUAAUGUCACAUAAUUAUACCCAUUUGUGCUCUUUGAAAACAGGAAAUGUUUCAAUGAUGAUACUAGUAGAGAUCUCAGGAUUCCUCAUCCAUGCUAUUCUCAUUGCUACUUAUUAGCAUUUGGAUUGUUUGAGCUGGAGGAUUUUUCGAUUCUAAAAGCUUUUUCAUAGAUUUUGCUGAUUCACUCUCAACUUCAUCCGGCUCAGUCUUGGGAACAGUCAGUGCGAAGCUUUUCGACUUAAUGCGCGUGUGCAUCUUUCUCUUGUUUCUAUAUCGCUGGGACAAUUGCGUUUGCUGCAGGGAAAUUAUAGCUAUAAUAAUGGAUGCGAGGGUAUUUGUAGUUCACUUACCCAAUACUUGGUUUUUCUUGUGUCUUGCAGUGAGGGGUAUUUUUCGACCACCUUUCGACUUAUAGCUUCAUAUUCACUGACACUAGGAUCUGGUAGAACUCCAUCGAAGAAGUCGACGAUUUCUCGGAUGAACGCUGAUCGGUUGGUUGUCUGGCUCUGCUAAGGUUCCAUCAGCAAUGAGAUUCGUAACCCUUCGUGAGAAAUGGGUGGGAAGCUGAACAUUUUUAAUGUCAAAUGAAAGAUCCAGGACAUUUUCCUAUGAGUGCAAGAAAGAGCACACUAUGAUAAUUCAUAAUUCGUAUGGGUCGAUAUGAAUACUUACUAAUUUUUUCAUCGGCGGUUCAGAAUCUUUAGUUUCACGAGCACUCAGGAUGUCUUCAGAAGUUUCCUAUAAACAAAUAAUUCAUUAUUUAUAACUCACAUCCAGGUUCAGGGGCCACCCUUGGUACAUACCACCUCCUAUAUGCACAAAGUGCUUCAUGUGACACAUAGCAACACGCUUAGUAUUAACUCACAUCCAGGUUCAGGGGCCGUUUUGCCACCCUUGGUAGUUCUUUACAUACCACCUCCUAUGUGCACAAAGUUUUUCAUGUGACACAUAGCAACACACUUAGUAUUAACUCACAUCCAGGUUCAGGGGCCGUUUUGCCACCCUUGGUAGUUCUUCACAUGCCACCUCCUAUAUGCACAAAGUUUUACUCAAGGACAGAAUUACCUGGCUCUGAACAUCUCUGACGAACUUUCUCAUUUUCAGCCUCACGAUAGGUAUAGGUACGAGAGCGGAAAACUCAUUAAAGUCGUUUACUAACUCGACCAGGGCUUCGCCAUCAAUAUCAUUUUCUGUAACAAGGACAUUUUAAGAGUUUUGAAUCUUGUAGCAAGUAGUAAUAGGUAACAGGUAACAAUUGCUAAUGUGGUUGGCUUGCUAUACUUAUAUAUAUCUAGUGUCAAUCACUAUUAUUAUAAAGUUAAAAAAACCUCUCAUAAUAAUUACUACUAGAGACCUUACCUCUUAUAGAAGUGUCAUCUAUUCCUCUUUCACAAAGGCGCUUACAAAUCUCCUCAGUGGAUAGAGUGUCCAUGGCCGACCAGCUAGCUGCAGAUAGCCAGCUGUGCACGUACUGCGCAUGCUCGAAAUUGUCCUGUACCGUAGCAACCAAGCUGCAUGCAGCUCCUCCCUCCUGGCCUGAGGCCUGAGGUCCUCAAAGCCUAAUAUGGCACAACAAAAGAAGUCUACCGGUGUUCCAUGUGCACCUUCGCUACCACUUGCAGAAGCACAUCUACACUGUUCAUAGAGAUGAUCCCAACUUUCAUGUUUACUGUUCAUUUUGCAACAGAUCCUUCAAGAAACUUAGUGCAUACAGAAAGCACACUAUAGAAAGUACCUAUGUCCAGGACGAUGAAGAUUCAGAGCCAGAAAAUUUCGUCCAGCCCACUCUCAAUGCAGAUGAAUCAUGUACCAGUCAAAGAUCUGAAGAAACUCACCUACAGUUAGACAAGAAGUGGCUCGAGGCACGUUAUAUCCUUGGAUUGAAAGAAAAAUACUCAAUCACUCAAACUGCAAUAGACCAUGUGGUGUCGUCAACAGCUUCCUUCCUUGCUGUCGAGAUUCUAUUACAGCUGGUACUGGUGAUUCUAGUUUGGACGAGGCACUUCUUUUGAUAAAAAAAAGGGUUGAUGUUGCCAAGGAUAUGUUCGGUGGCCUUCAAUCAUUUUAUCUACAAAGGAAGUAUUUCAGGGAAAAUUUUCAGCUUGUGGAAUCCACACCUGUCACUCUGGGAUCUCACCUUGAGUGGAAAAUGAGGAGGGUUCGGAAAAAGGCUGUACGAAUGUACGAUAGAUUUUACUACGUACCACUUUUAAAGUCCCUCAAGGCUUUACUCAGAAAAAACGACAUUCAGGAGGAGGUCUAUCGCAUGCAUGGUGUCCUUCGCGACGUUAUGGACGGAGCAUAUGCCAAGGGAGCAUCGCAGACGAAUGAGUUACGGCUUGCAUUCUACCAUGAUGAGUUAGAGCUGUUUUCUAUUGGACGUUAUUAAAUGUACACCCUGCCCCCAUUGACGAAGUACAUUCAGCUUUUAGCAGUGAUUAGCAGUGAUUAAUGCGAACGUAGUACGGUAUCGACCGAAUAUUAUCCUCUGCUGUCAAAGAUUUGAAAACUCUAGGCUCUACUGGAAUAACUGUACAAUGGGGUGAUAGCGAAAAGCAAUUGAAAGGUUCUUUGCUGGUGUAUCUUGCGGAUACCCCGGCAGCAGGUGUGGGUGUAGGUGGGGCUUACCGAGGCUGUUGAACAUGUAUGAUCACCAAACAGGAACUCUGUCAAAAGCUCCAGUGUGAUAAGUUACGUACUACUGUGAGUUAGUCGACAGUGACCCUUCUUUCUCAAGACAGUUCGGUCUCAGUAUUUUACACGAAGCACCUGGAUUUGAUGUUUGUUCGUGCUUGACAUAAUGCAUAUCAUAUUUGAGGGUGUUUUGCCUCGUCGCAUUGGUUCGUUACUGCAUCUCUCAGAAGCGAUUUUUCACUCUACAACAGCUUAAUACCCAAAUUUCGAUUUUCAAGUAUGGG